ACUUCCUGUAUCGUUAUUUCGUCGUGGGACCAAAGCAUCCAGCUGGCAGACAGAGGUGAACAUGGUAGACGUCUCGGAGAGGACGCUUCAAGUUGCCCUCGUGGCUUCCUUCGCUGUGGGCUUCUUGACGGGCUGGCAGGCGAACAGAAUGAGGAGAAAGUAUCUCGACUGGAGGAAGAAACGGCUGCAGGAUAAGUUAUCAGAAACACAGAAGAAGCUGGACUUGGCUUGAAUGGUUGGGAGUUGUAUGCCUCACCGGCCUGCUGGAUCCUGGUUGUCCUACAUGUCUGUUACUGUGCUGUCUACUACAUCUUGCAUAACAAGACUGGUCUUCAUUUUCCCCUAACUCCAUGGAAGUAAUCUCCAGUCACAGGAGCUCCUUUUCCUGCCCAGACCUACACUGAUAUAUGGACUUGUUUUCAGAGGUCUCUGUUCUAUCGUGGCGUUUUCAUAUCUUUUUAAAUAAAUAAAUAUUUUUUA